AUGGCUCACACAUCUGUUUCGUAUGGCGGAAGUGACCACCAACCUGGAACUGAAACUGCUCCGACGACCACAAAAGAACGUGCAACACCGCAAAGCAUCGUGGACACAUUCUGGGGAUCCUUCAACUCGAAGUUUCCAGGAAGAGUCUUGAAGGUUCUGCCACGACGACCUGGCAAAACUCCUCCGCAGCCCAUUUCAAAUAUCGCACACGGUGAAUCUGCGCUUGACUCGUACAAUCGCGCCAAAAAGGAAUGCGAACAUGCGGUGAAUCGCAUUUAUGAUGAUCCGCAUUUUGAUAUUGAGGCGGAUCUCAAGUCUGGGCAACGGAAUUGUCUCGACGGCCUUGGGGGCGAAAACAUGUCGAUGAAGCCGAAGGGCGUGAAGAGAGUUUCGGGGAACGAUGGUGACUGUUGGCUUAUGGCUGCGCUUUGUACUUUGGAAAUAUGGAGGGCCUCAUUAAUAGGGUUUGCGUUGCACGGAAUGAGCAGGUCGGAGUUUACGGAUUUGUCUUUUAUAGAGGCAAGCUAUGGCGAGUGGCGUCAUACUAUCAUUGAUGACAAGCUAUAUCUUCGGGCCCCGGAUUAUGAAGAUGCUGCUUGGGAAAGGGAGGUUUGGGAUGAUAUUGGUCGCUCCGAUACAACGAAACAUGGCUGCCCUUGCUGGAAAAGGCCUAUGCUAAGGCCCACGGGGAUUAUUCAAGCAUCGAAGGCGGGUUUGUUGGGUAACUUUGGAGAAGCUAUAGAGGACCUUACUGGGGGUGUUACGUCCGAAAUCAUAUCCCGGGAUGUCCUUGACCAGGACAGAUUUUGGAACGAGGAUCUUAUGAAUGUCAACAAGAAAUUCGUUUUCGGAUGCGCCACUGGUCUAUACGGUCGCUGGUUAUACCCCAGUUACUAUGACUCCAAGGAGAGAUCAGGGAUGCAUGAAUGCCAUGCAUAUUCUGUGAUGGAUGCUAAGGAGGUAAAUGGACGGAGGUUCCUCCGUCUUAGGAACCCCUGGGGUCAUAAGGAAUGGUCUGGGCCAUGGAGUGAUGGAUCUGAGCAAUGGACCCCUGAAUGGAUGAAUCUACUCCAACAUAAAUUUGGAAAUGAUGGAGUUUUCUGGAUUUCCUACGAAGACUUUCUUCACAAAUAUGAGUUUCUCGAUCGAACUCGGCUGUUUGGAGACGAUUGGAUAGUGACGCAGAAGUGGACCAAUUUUCAAGUGCAGUUGGACUAUCGCUAUUUCAAAGGACUAGACGGUCAAUACAAAUUUGAACUUCAAUUUCGCCUUGAGAAAGAUGGACAAGAUGAUUAUAUUGUCCGCAACCAAAAUAGUAUUUACAUGUCCCGCUCUGUGAGUGCGGAUAUCACUUUGGAGCCAGGGACUUACACGGUUCUUGUGAGAGUUAGGGCAACAAAGUCCAAAAUCGCCCCUCCAGAGGAGGUCAUCAAAGAGAAAGCCACUACGGACCGAGAGAAACUUGUUCAAAUCGGCCAGUUUUAUGACUUGGCUCAUACGAAGGGCGUGGAUUUGGAAUCCGGGGAAGAAGAGGCGGAACGGAAGAAGAAAGAAUUGGAAAAAAAAAAAGCAGCAUUGAGAAAGAAAGAAAGGGAUCUUGCGGAGGUCCGGUCGCGGAGAAAGUGGGUUACAAGGAGAAAAAUCGCAGCAAGAGAUAAGAGGAGGAAGAAGAAGGCGAAGCAGGUAAGGGAAAGGAGGGCAGCCAGACAGCAAACUAAAAAUGCUGAGAAUCAAGAGGGACAGCAAACUGAGGAAAAGAAACAAGGAGGGGAAGCUGAUGAGGCGCGUGAGGAUGGACAUAGUAAGAAGGAGAUACAGUAG